AUGUGGGUCCUAAUGCUUGGCUAUCUUUGCCUGGGCACCUCCCAAGCCUGUAUCUUCUGCCGCCUCCCCUCUAGAGACCUUUCUGGACGCGUGGCUCAUCUCUGCGAUCAGAUAAGUUCAGAGUGGGAAAACUGUAAAAGCAGCUGGAAUUUCUCAGCCUUUGCCUUAGAUGAUGUGUCCAUGAAUAGAAUCACAGAGAAGACACACAGAGUAUUGAGUAUCUUUGAAAUCAAAGGUUCCCUGUUCUCCCUUUCCUCCUAUUGGCAAUGGCUUCAAGAGACUAAACUUCCUGAAUCUGUGAGGCAAGCUCUGUGCCCUCCUGCCUGCCGUGGAAUAACUACUCUCUACAACUGCUCCACGUGCAAAGCUGUUGAAGUUCAAUGCUGGGCUCUCAAGCGUUGCUUUCCAGGACACCAGGAUCUGAGGGAAACCAGGAUCCUGCUCCUUUCCCUCUCAGCUGCCUCUUUAUUUCUAGGUUUCAUUAGCUGUAUAAUAGAGUCCAGAUCCCUCCUAAUAGAGUGA